AUGGGGGGCAUGGAGAGUGUGACCAAGAGAUUGGGAAGAGGAAGAGUUAGUGAAAGGAAGUCCAUUGAAUUACUUGAGGAGAACAUGGAAAUUUCGAUUUAUGCUAUUUUCGGGUUCUCCUUGUUUGAAUGCAAUGAGAUUGUUGGUGGCCAUUGGAGGACAGUUUGUGGUAUUUUAGUGGAUUCAAGAAGCACAUAUAACUUCUUGGAUCUUGUGGUUACUUGUGUAUCAAAAUUUAGGGUGGAGGAAACUCUUAAGCUGCAAGUGAAAGUGGCUAAUGGUGAAAAGUUGCUAAGCAUAGGAACAAAAGUUGUUGUAGGUCUAUGUACUGGUGAUAUAUCUGUGGAGGAUGGGAGCACUUUCUUUAGGCCAUCUUCUAUUCAAGUAAGAACUCAGGAUAUCUCUAAAAUAGCUUUUAGGACACAUGAGGAUUGCUAUAAGUUUUUAGUGAUGCUACUUGGGCUCACUAAUGCUUUUACAACUUUCCAUGGGCUUAUGAAUGAGAUCUUCAAACCUUAUAAGAGAAGGUUUGUAUUGGUCUUCUUUGAUCACAUCCUAGUUUACAGCAAGACUUUUGAUGAUCACUUGAAGCAUUUGAGGGUUGUUUUUGAGGUUUUACAUCAACACAAACUGUUUGCCAAGAAGUCUAAGUACAAGUUUGGGGUUGGUGAGAUUGAUUACCUUGGCCAUUUGAUUUCUAGAGGAAGACCUGAAGUUGACCCAACAAAGAUCAUUUCUAUGUUGGAAUGA